AUGCUCUCCGUCAUCACACGACUCAGCGAGGAAGAGCGGUGUGGACGCGUGGGCGUGGACGAGAUACUACCGGCGGCAGACUUUUUAACAAGGAGAAGCGAGGUCCAUCUACAGUCGACCCGCCCCCGCACACGCCAGCCUCCACCUCUGCACCGCACCAAAUACCCCCAGCGCGACUCGCCGUCGACAGUCGACAGCCUAUCUCCCGCACGCCCCCGCCGCCCGAGCAUGCGUCGCCGCAUCCGCCCUGCUCGGCGCCGCAGGACGCACGCGGCGCCCGCAGGUGUGCGCUGCAUCGUGCUCGCGCUCGCGCCGGCACCGCUCUUGCGAACGAGAGGACGACGCCGCUGUUUCGAUGAGACUAGCCUUCACUUCUGGAGCCGCGCCGUCGCUGCCGAUCGGCGCCGAUCCCUCGCACGACGCAUGCGCGUCUCACUUGUCGUCCCCGUCAAUCAAUCAGAGCAAACCCUCAAUGCCGGGCCCGAUCUCAUUGGCUACUUCAUUGACUUCGACCUCAACGGUCAUUUCGUUGCCCGCAUCAAUAACUCUUUCGAUGACCGCGCCCUCAGCGACCUGGAUACCGAGGCGCUCAGUGAUUCUGAAGUUUGA